AUGACAUCCCAGGGCUCCCAGAUUCUCAGAGCAGCGCUCCUGGCAGCCAUCCUACUGCUGCUGCGGGCAAAAGGGGUAAAGCCUCAGGCAGGGAGCCCAGGCCCCAGCAAGAAGAGUCAGAAAGAACAAAUAUCCUCUUCAGACCAGGAGUGGUUCAAAGAGUACUUCGUGGCUUCCUCCGCGGGCGAGAUGUGGCAGGAGUUGAACAUGGUCGAGCAGGAGGGUGAGCAGGAGGGUGAGCAGACGGAGGAGCAGACAAAGGAGAAUGCAGCUGCUCAGGACCACCUGCUGGCCCUGGCCCUGUGCUUCAACGUGGCCAGCAUCGUGUUUUUUUUAUGA